GCCCCCCCUCCCAUUCCCUCCCCCCCCCACUCUUCUUCUUCCGCCGCCAAACCCCUCGAAGGAAGAUCCCGUCUUUAUGUUGUGCUGCCCGGAGAGACCCCUGAAGUCUUCCCGUCCUUUGUUUCUCCGCUUCUUUUUAAAUGUAUAACUUGAUGGGUCUCAACAGCACAACCGGAGCCAGCCAGCCCAAUGUCUCCUGUACAUGCAACUGCAAACGGUCUUUGUUUCAGAGUAUGGAGAUCACGGAGUUGGAGUUUGUACAGAUAAUCAUAAUCGUGGUGGUGAUGAUGGUCAUGGUGGUCGUCAUCACGUGUCUGCUGAAUCACUACAAACUCUCCGCACGGUCCUUCAUCAAUCGGCACAGUCAAGGACGGAGGAGAGAGGAGAACCUAUCAUCAGAAGGAAGCUUGUGGCCUUCAGAAAGCACAGUGUCGGGAAAUGGAGUAACAGAGCAGCAAGUCUACACACCAAGGCCUACGGACCGGCUUGCCGUCCCGUCCUUCUUGCAGAGGGACCGCUUCAACAGAUUCCAGCCGACAUACCCUUACAUGCAGCACGAGAUCGACCUGCCGCCCACCAUCUCUCUGUCGGACGGGGAGGAGCCCCCGCCUUACCAGGGCCCGUGCACACUGCAGCUCCGAGACCCGGAGCAGCAAAUGGAACUCAACAGGGAGUCAGUCCGGGCGCCUCCCAACCGAACCAUCUUUGACAGCGACCUGAUAGACAGCUCGGUGUACGGGGGGCCCCGGCCUCCCAGCAGCAACUCUGGCAUCAGCGCCACCUGCUACGGGAGCAGCGGCCGGAUGGAAGGGCCGCCCCCCACGUACAGCGAGGUGAUCGGUCACUUCCCCGGCUCGACCUUUUACCAGCACCAACAGAACAGCGGCGGGGUGACCACCAUACUGGAGGGGGGCAGGCUCCACCCUUCGUCGCAGUUCGGCAGCCUUGAGAGCACAACAGUGUGGAACAAAGAGAAGGAAAAGCAAAAAGGGCACCCCUUUUAAAAGAGAGAGAGAGAGAGAGAAAGAGAAUA